GCCUCCUGGGAGUCGUGGAAUCCCGUGCCCUUAAAGCUUCCAGGGGGCCUCUCGUGUCACAAAGUAGCUCGAGAGAGUUCUGUCUUCAUCUCGGCGAGGCGCGGAAAAGGCUACUGCAGACAUGUUUAAUCCACACGUGCUAGAUUCUCCCGCCGUGAUUUUCGACAAUGGCUCCGGCCUCUGCAAGGCAGGCCUGUCUGGGGAGAUUGGCCCCCGCCACGUCAUCAGCUCCGUCGUGGGGCACCCCAAGCUCAAGAUGCCUUCGGCAGGACCCAACCAGAAGAAGGACUUUGUGGGGGAAGAGGCUCUGUACAAGCGUGAGGUCCUGCACCUGUGUCACCCCAUCGAGCGGGGCCUGGUCACCAGCUGGGAGGACGUGGAGACCCUCUGCAGGCAUCUGUUUGAGUGGGAGCUGGGGGUGAAGGCCAGCGACCGGCCCGUGCUCAUGACCGAGCCCUCGUUGAACCCCAGGGAGGCCCGGGAGAAGAUGGCCGAGCUGAUGUUCGAGAAGUUCAACGUGCCCGCCUUCUACCUGUCGGACCAGGCGGUGCUGGCCCUCUACGCCUCAGCCUGCAUCACGGGCCUGGUGGUGGACAGCGGGGACGGGGUCACGUGCACCGUCCCCAUCUUCGAGGGGUACUCCUUGCCCCACGCGGUCACCAAGCUCUACGUGGCGGGCAGGGACAUCACAGAGCACCUCACCCGGCUGCUGCUGGCUGGUGGGACCUUCCCGUGCGCGCUGGACAAAGCCCUCGUGGAGGACAUCAAGGAGAAGCUGUGUUAUGUGGCCCUGGAGCCAGAGAAGGAGCUCUCCCGGAGGCCGGAGGAGAUCCUGAGGGAGUACAAGUUGCAGGACGGGAACGUCGUGCGAAUUGGGGACCAGCUGUACCAGGCGCCCGAGGCCCUGUUCGCACCCGACCAGCUGGGCAUCCAAAACCCGGGCCUCUCGAAAAUGGUCUCCUGCAGCAUCACCAAGUGUGACGCCGACAUCCAGAAGAGCCUCUUUGGGGAGAUCGUUCUGUCGGGGGGCACCACCCUGUUCCAGGGCCUCGACGACCGUCUCCUCAAGGAGCUAGAGCAGCUGGCUUCCAAAGGGACCCCCAUCAAGAUCACGGCCCCCCCCGACAGGUGGUUCUCCACGUGGAUUGGGGCCUCCAUUGUCACCUCCCUGAGCAGCUUCAAGCAGAUGUGGGUCACCUCCGCGGAUUUCAAGGAGUUUGGGACAUCCGUGGUCCAGAGAAGGUGCUUCUGAGGGGCCGUGGGCAGGGGUGGGUGCGAACUCUCCCCUCGGCAUCAGCAGGACGCUCAAUAAAAGACCAAACGGUGCAGCUUUUGGA